CCCCGGCUAAAAUCACAACAGCCUCCUCCGACUUCUCACUCUGAUCGGCUGCGUGAACUCCUCGUCCCCAUUUCUCGUCCCUUCUCUUCUCUGUUCACCACCCUCGCCGAAUUCUCCAAAUCCCAGCUCGUCGCCGACGGCAUUGCGUCGCCAUUGCCUCUGAAUCCGAGUGCGUGUCGCGUGAUCCCAGAUCCACCUCGGAGUCUUCCCCUCCGUCGCCUCCGACCCGAGCUUUCCGGGGCAAGAAAUGGUUCCGUUUCGGCGGGUUCUAGGGAGGGUGCUUCAUCUGUAGGACUGCGGCGAGAGGCUGCGAUGGCGAGCUCCGUCAGGGAGGGGAAGCUGCCACCGGCUCUGCCUCUGGCCACGCUGAUCGGCCGCGAGCUCCGCGGCGACAGCUCCGAGCGCCCGCUCGUGCGGUGCGGCCACUCCAGCUUCGCCAAGCGCGGCGAGGACUACUUCCUCGUCAAGCCCGACUGUCUCCGCGUCCCCGGCGACCUUUCGUCCGCCUUCUCCGUCUUCGCUGUGUUCGACGGGCACAAUGGCGUGUCGGCGGCGGUGUUCAGCAAGGAGCACUUGCUGGAGCACGUGAUGAGCGCCGUGCCGCAGGGAAUCAGCCGCGAGGACUGGCUACACGCGCUGCCGCGCGCGCUCGUCGCGGGAUUCGUCAAGACAGACAUUGACUUCCAGCGCAAGGGGGAAACGUCAGGGACAACGGCGACCCUGGUUGUCGUUGAUGGAUUCACGGUCACUGUGGCGUCGGUGGGAGACUCUAGGUGCAUUCUGGAUACACAGGGCGGCGAGGUCUCGUUGCUUACUGUGGAUCACCGGCUAGAGGAGAAUGCAGAGGAGCGGGAGCGUGUUACGGCGAGUGGAGGGGAGGUCAGCCGGCUUAACCUCUGUGGUGGACAGGAGGUGGGUCCUCUCCGAUGCUGGCCAGGUGGAUUGUGCCUUUCGAGAUCAAUUGGGGAUACUGAUGUCGGGGAGUUUAUCGUGCCGAUUCCACAUGUCAAGCAAGUGAAGCUCCCAAAUACUGGUGGAAGGCUAAUAAUUGCAUCAGAUGGAAUAUGGGACGCUGUGUCCUCAGAGACUGCUGCUCAGGCAUGUCGGAGAUUGCCUGCGGAACUGGCUGCAAAGCUUGUUGUUAAGCAAGCUCUGAAGACAAGCGGAUUGAAAGAUGACACCACAUGUGUGGUUGUUGACAUCAUCCCAUCUGAUCAUUGUUCAACACCACCACCAUUGUCUUCAAAGAAAAAUCAGAACAAGUUGAGGUCUCUUCUUUUUGGUAGGAGAUCACAUAGUUCUGUCGGAAAGCUUGGAGGUAAAUCUGCUUCAUUUGAUCCUGUGGAAGAAUUAUUUGAGGAGGGAUCUGCAAUGUUGGAAGAAAGGUUGGGUCGGAAUCUUCCAUCUAAAGCAAAUUUUCCCCCAUUUCGCUGUGCGAUCUGCCAAGUGGACCAAGAACCAUUCGAAGGUUUAAUGAUGGACAAUGUAGGUGGCUGCUGCUCUGCCCCAUCAACACCAUGGGGUGGUCCUUAUCUUUGUUCAGACUGUAGGAAAAAGAAGGAUGCAAUGGAAGGUAAAAGAUCUAGCCGCUCAACAACUUGCAGGUGAAAUUGCUAAUAGGAAUCACUGGUCCCUGUCCAUGCAAACUGGUCUUCUGGUUCAGUUUUGUGCUCCAUGUAAAAAGAGGAGAAUAAUCCAUUUGCUGUUGAAUUCAAGUAUUAUUUCGUGAAACUAACUGCAGUCUAGCCUGAACUGAACAAAAUCGGAUGCUAACAAGCUUGGUAUCUACCAACAGCGAGGUGAAAUUUUUUGUUCUCUGGGAAGGUAGAUGACAGAAUUUCAGGUCUGUAGUCUUUUGAACCUUAGUAUGUAAAGUUAAUUCACUAGCUUAGCGAUGUUUGAGAACGUGAUGUCUCCUCGUUGCUACUUUGGAAUAUAUUUUGUAUGGAGCCAAACAUAUUAAUGUUUUAUUCCACCCUGAUCAACUCUAUGACAGUAUUUGGUGCUCGACUGGACUGGCUCUCGUUGUGUUUCUUUCCACUUCUCUUUUGGAUCCCAUCUGCGAGUAUAUAAUGCUCAAACUUAGAUGCCAGUUUAUGUUGUGUGCCAUUUAUGUUGAUGAGCUUCGCUCUCCUGAAAAACCUUAUGUCC